GAUUUCGAGAAAUCAGUGUAAUGAAUGAGCUUAUGUGCUUGCAUGACUUGCAUUGUUGGUCAUCGGCAUCGGCGUAUCUCUUAAAAAACCCUGAAAUCAAAGCCUCCUCUCCUUCUAUCGCAUUGUGUUACAUAGAAUAGAACCAGUAGUAAUGGCCGUCGUUAUCGAUAUAAAUUGGGCGAUAAGCGGCGUGUACGAACAUAAUAUUACGCGAUGUUAUCACAUGGGAGGCAGCGAGCGCGUUGAUGUCGAAUGCGUGCGGGACGCGUUAUCGGAAAAGCGCGGGAAAAUCGCCGUAUCAGCCGCCGCCGCCGCCGCAGCCGGCAGUACCCGCGCGGCCGCCGAGCGAGAUGCACGUGUCCGCCCGCGCGCCGCUGCUUCUCGCGAUCGCGCUCGCCCUCGCCAGCGCACACCUCGCCUCCCACGACAACAUCCUCCGCAUACAGCUCUGGGACGAGGAGGGCCUCACCAAAGUCGACUCCAAGAAUGACGCGGAACCGACUAGGAGGCCAGUGUCCAGGAAGUCUCGCGUGCAGCUGGAGUCUUUAUACCAGGCCAUGGUUGAGGAGGAGUUUGGAGGCCGGUUCACCCGCCACCGAGUGCGGCACAAGCGGCGCCGCGCCCGGGGCAGCGGGCCCGCGCGCUGGCGCUUCCACGACGGAGACCGGCCGCUCAACGUGGCCGAGUACGAGGAAGAUCCCCCUAGUGCAGUGAGUGAGCGUGCCCCAGUGAAUGAGACCCAGGAGGUGCCCGCGCCGCUGACGCUGCGACAGGAGGAUGAUGAGAACAAGCCGGUUGUGCAAAAGUGUUGUGCGAUCGGUCAGAACAUCAGCUUCGCUGGCGACGGUCGCCGGGUGUGCGCCCCUUCUAUGCUGACCUUCCAGCCGAUCUUCUACCAGGCCAACGACAGCCACAUCUGGGGCAGCGACAGCCACAUGUGGCGGUAUGACAGCAACGACGUCCAGACCAUCGUCGGGUUUCCAGCCUGCAGCUAUGACAGGUUCAAACUAGACCCAUCAGAAAACAGUGAAGAUGAAUUUUAUCUGUUAAGAAAUGGGUCUAUAUUUGCGCCAUAUCAACUGCCCCCGCUUAAGGAAACUGGUGACUAUUGUAUGGAGACAUUUUGGAGUGAACUCAACCCUGCUGGCAUCACACUGCCUUUGAUUUGUUUUUCAACGCCGCCCAUAGAUGAAGCUGGUACUUCAUUAACUCUAAUAUUCUAUGCUGUUGGUUUAUUAAUCUCAGUUCCAUUUCUUUUGGCAACAGCGUGUGUGUACACUCUGAUAAGAGAACUACGGGAUACGCACGGGAAAGCCUUGGCUUGUCACUCAGUCAGUCUUGCUACAGCGUUCUCAUGUUUAGCUGCCACUCAGCUGGCUGGCCAUGCGUUCCCUACAUUAGUUUGUUCGGUUAUGGCGUAUCUUAUACAGUUCUCUUUCGUUUCCUGUUUCUUCUGGUUGAAUGUUAUGUGUUUUGAUACACUUUUGAAUGUGAGACGAAACAUAAACAACUCUCCAUCUAGAAGAUCAAUGAGGAUACGAUUCGUGUAUUAUUGUUUAUACGCAGUGUUACUACCAGUCAUACUACUGAUAGUUACAAUUACCAUGGAGCUAUCACCAUCCGUGCCAAACACGUUUUUAAAACCGAAUUUCGGCGUCAAAGGAUGCUGGUUCAAAAAUGACCAGGCGGCGCUGCCGUAUUUCUACGGGCCCGUGGCUCUAAUUCUUUGUGCAAACCUCAUUAUAUUCUUCCUCACAUCGCGAACGAUCGCCACGCACUACGACAAACUAAAGGAUGUCACCGCACUAGAAAUGACGCACUCAGACUUCAGCACAUCAGACGACUGGGUCCGGCUGGGGGCGGCGCUCGGGGAGACCCUCACCCGGUCAGCCUCGCCACAGGACCGGCCGCUCAGCUCCGCGCAGCGUCUUGGGAAGUAUCGGAAGAUUUUCCGUACCUGCUGCGUGCUGACCGUCAUCAUGGGCCUCUCCUGGGUCAUGGAGGUGGUCUCCUGGGCCGUGGGCGCCGGCUCUGAAGCCGUCUCCGUGUGGUCCGUGUUCGACGUCAUCAACGCGCUACAGGGUGUGGUCAUCUUCGCCAUCUUUGUUAUGCAGCAGCCUGUGCGGUCGUUUGUUAAGUGGUCCAAGCUAUGCAGCAUGUGCCGAAUACGUAGUGGGUCAGAAGUGGCAGUGGUCAGUGAAAGAACUAGCAUAGACUGUGGCACGGGGAGACGAGACUACGUCUAGUUGGGACAUUGGACCCAAUGUUGGAACAAACACUUAGGCAAGUGAACACUUGGUGCACAAAGUGACAAACGAAAGUCAACAGUGAAGAUAAAAUUAAAGUCAGUGUUAAUCUUGGAUUUAAAAUUGUUGGGUCAUAUUGUUUUGAAAUUAUUACAAUGAAAAAACUCAGUGAUUGUAGAGUAGUUAAAAACGUGACGAAUACAUAAGUAUAUAAUGUAGUAGGUAUAUAAACAAAGGGAACGUUGAACGAGACUGAUAACAGUAUUAUUGGUAAUAUUGUGAACAUUGCGUAUUGUACGAUUGUAGGCAUACCUUGCAUUUACUGUUAGUUAUCCAACCUUAUUUAUUCUCCGAAGUAGGUCGUUCGAAUCGACUGUUGAACCAAUAUUUACGUUGAAUGCCAUCUGAUUGCUGCAUCAAUUUGCAACAGCAUUUUUUUAAACGUCACAAUUUCACAACACAUUUUUUAUUACGCUUGCUUUCAUAGGUACUUACUUGAUGUGUUUUUGUUUAAGUUAUUUUGACAACCUAUUAAACCUUCACUAUGCUUUUUAUUGUGGAGAAUAAAACGAAUUCAAUAGUGACAGUUCUCUGCUUCCUUAAGAUUCUAGCACUGUUUUGAAAAUCACAAUAUUGAAUGAAAAAUGUAGUUAAAUAUAUUGAUAAUUGUGAAGUUUUAGAUCCUACUAUGUAACAAAAACUUGUGUACAGAUAUUUUUGUAUUGACAUAAUAAUAGAUAUCGUAUGAGCAUGACCAAGAUUCUGGGUUACCUGUAAAUUGCUGUAGCAUGUUUUUAUGUGAAUUUUCCUUUUCUGAACUAGUCAUAUUUGUAAAAAGGUUAUGUAAUUGAGUAAGAAUUAUUUAUUUAAUGUUAUGUAAUUUAGGUUUAGUGUACUUGUAAAGAUGUUUAUAGGGAUAUAGCACAUCUACUUUAAAUGAAAUGUAUAACUCGUCCUAUAAUUACUAGGAAACAUAAUUUAUUCUUGUACCUUAUGUAAUACCUAAGUAAUUAAUUAUGCUAUUAUGUAUUUUUUUGCUUAUACUUUUCAAUUUUAUGUUAUUUUAUCUAAGUAACUAUAUAGACAUUAUCUUUAUACCUCUCUACAAAAAGUAUUAAGAAAAGACAUUUAACAAGACUAAAAUUAUAAUGACUGAUUGAAAAAUACGUAAAAAUGCCUACUUUGACACUUCAAUGUUAAGUAAGGGCUUAUUCACUCAACAUACGUUUUACAGGAACUCGUUUUAACAUAUACGUUUUAAUCCGGAGGUUUGCAUCCGGUAUAGUUACAGUAAUCUGUGUUGUUAUUAACCCAAUCAUACAUACGAAAUAAGUAUGUUUACCUACUAUGAAACGGAUCUGUAAAACGAAUGUUAAUACCUAGAAUGCCUACCGUAAUCGCAUUUAUAUAAAUUAUUAUUUUCUAUGUAAUUAUCUUUGUUUCAAUUUUGGAAGCGUUGUUAAUAGGCAACAUGUAUUCAUUAUUACCCUACGACAAGCUAAACUAUAUUAAUUUAUUUAUUGUAUGAAAUUAGGCCCAAGACAAUAAUUAGACUAACAAGAUGGCAAAACUUUCAUUUAACUGUAUAAUUAUAUGUGUAAUAUUAAAUUUAUUAAACGUGAAAUUGGUGUUUUGGUAUUACAAUGUUAUAAGCGGUGUCUACAUUAUGUUAUAACGGCCUGACUUUUAUAGCGGGUCGGCUAAUAGUUAACAAGCUGCCAUAUAACACAUAUAAAUAUUUUCUUUUAAUCUUUUUGUCAUACUGAUAACCUACCUACCUUGUAUUUAAGUAAUUUCCGAAUUGUAGAAACUGACGAUCAUUAAUACACCUACCUACUUUAGAAACAGUUGUAUGCCAUUUUAAGUUAACUGUUGAAUGUUGAUACCUACUAUUGUUUAGGUGAAAUGGCCACUUGUGGUGAUGUCUGUAUAUCUAUUUUGCAAAAUGAUGUUAAUAAUAAACAGGCUUUAUAUAAA